UCGAGUAGACCCUCCUCUCCUUCCAUGGCGGCUUUCAAGUAUAUCUAUCUGUUGAUGUUGGCCACCACAGAAGAACUCCAUCCUUCCGCCACCUUCAAAGGGAAUGAAGAGAUUGACCUCCAUGGUGGUUAAAUUGGCCAUGAUGGGUCGCAUGAUGAUGAUGGUGGUGGUGGUGGUGGUGAUGAUCAGGAGAGUUGAAGGCCACAACGAUGCAGGUGACGGCGGCCACUGCGAUUCCAAUCCUGAGUACCGGAUACAGGCGGAGUAUUGGGCUGGAGGGAUGAACAUCGACGGCCACGCUGACGAUUGGAACGACGUUGAUGGGUUCUCCUUCCCUCUCCUGCCUGCGUUGGAUCCAGACGAGGAUAAGCAGUAUCCGGGAGGAUCGGUUAACGUCAAGGCUGUGCACGAUGGUAGAGACGUUUUCUUUAUGCUGCAAGUUAAUGGCGAUUAUGCAUAUGAGAAAGGUGACCAAAAACGAUGUCCAUCUGUUGCUCUCAUGUUUCAAAUUGGAGAAAAUGCUACAUACCACAACAUGGGUGGCUGUGAGGACAUGCCAGGCACUUGUACCAACAAAACAUGCCGGGGACAUGAAGUUGACAUCAUGCACUUCUCCAUUGGAACUGCUGUACCGGGACGUCUCUAUGGUGGCAAUCAUCUAGAUAACAGUGAGGGUUCUGGGGGAGACAGGUUUGGUCAUUUGGUGGACCUCUACUCAUGGAAUCCACACUGUCGAUAUCUUGAUGGAAGUGGUCCUGCUGGUAGUCUUUCUGGAAAUGUUUCUAGUGCACAGAAUGACUGGAAAGGAGCUUGGUGGCAUGAUAGUUUUACCACUCACUCUGGUUUUGUGGAGGAAGACAGCCCAUACUCAACAAAUGGUCAAAAAGGCACAUAUUAUUUUGAAUUCUCAAGGCCCCUAAGAACGAUGGACCAUCUUCAACAGGACGCACAAUUCACAAUGGGUCAGACAUCAAACUUCGCAGUUGCAUUCUGGUAUCCCAUGGACGGGAAACCAUGGAGUGGAUCCCAACACUAUUCCGCUAAUUGUAACUGGAUGCCACUUGAUAUUGCCCAACCAUCUACUAGCUCCGCUACAAGACUCUCGUCAGGUCACUCUAACUCGGAAGAUGCAGUGAACAUCUUUGCCAUUCUCUUGUCGGUGGCAGCAUUCUGCAUUUCUGUUUUUAUGGCAUAUUGGAUUAAGAGGUCUAAGGCUGUUCCGUUCACACCAAUCGACCAUCUUUAGCCCCCCCCCCCUCUCUCUCUCUCUCUCUCUCUCUCUCUCCCUCUCUCUGUUGUAACUUACAAAUUUGAGAUAUACGAUUUGAAGUGACAUUUAUUUGGAUUCAUUUA